AAUAAGUGAAUGGGCCUAAUAGACCCGGCCCGGCCCGGCGACACAGAGAUCAUAUUCUGACCUCUAACCUUUCUCUAGGAAACCUUUUUCUUGCCUUGCAAGCGAGCAAUCCUAAUUCCCAAUCUGAAGUCGUAGCAAAGAUGACGAGGCGAUCCAUCUUUGCUAAGUUAUCGGGGACGGGGUAUCCAAACUGGUCUUCCGUGGUGGCGACUACCAAGGAGCGGGCUGGUCUGAUUGCGCAGGAAAUUGUUUCGAAAGGGAUGAUAGGCUGCUUUGGAUACGGGCUUGGUACCAUGAUUUUCUCCCAAUCCUCUACGCUAGGACGAUAUGAAGUCAUGUUGCAUAAAUUGGAGGGGGUCAUAAAAAAGCAUGAAGAACUUUUAAGGUUUGUGGAUAAGGGUGAAGAAGAGCUAGUGCAAUUGGAGGAGAAUUAUAAGAAGAGGAUGGAGUAUUGGAGUAGAGCUUCAAAAAACUAGCCCUUGUAGUAUUCAAAUUCCAAACUUGAUUGUGGGUGUGUUAUGAUUAACCUUGGAACCAACUAGCUUGUUGUUGCUAUUUGCUAAAAGACUUUUCAUUUGAAUAAUGACCAUUCCUCGGGCAUGUGUCAAAAAUGUUAUUAUUUUGUUACUAGCCUGAAUGCUUGUCCCAGAACAUCCCCUCCGUUGAGUUGUUGUGUGUUACAUGGGACGAUUA